CCUACCCGUUGUCUCAGUACAAACAUUUCGCUACACCCGCAAUAACAUCUGCUAAAUGUGUGUAUGCGACUAAUACAAUUUUAUUUUAUUUUGAUUUGAAGUAGGCUGUGGUGUGAAGUCGACUCGAGUGCGAAAGUGCGCAUGCUCCAGCACUCGCGUGUGUGGGAAACUUCAUUGGGUACGUUACGGUGUAUAUGGACACUUGUCUACCGGAUUUCUAUCACUGUUCUGGAAAAAAAAGACAUUCUGAAGAAAAUAUACUGUUUGCAGUGUUUUCACUGGACAUCUAGCCUACCUCAAAACAGUUUGAAAGGACAUAAUACGUUUAUAAACGCUCCGAACAGGAUGACUAAGGUGAUUAACACACAGGAACCUGUGAUGGAGGACUUCAGUGUAGCUGCAGCUGUGUCAGGGGAUCAGGGCAUAUCCUUUCAGAUCUUCCCUGAUACCCAUGAGAGGAAUUCCAAGCUGUCCAAGAGACUUCCCUCUAUUGUGGUGGAGCCCUCUGUUGGGGGCAAUGUGGAGAGUGGGGAACUCCGCUGGCCCCCUAAGGAUCCCAACUCUGCUGAGGUCCCAAGUGGGAUACAGCCCUACAAACACACACCUCUUCAGACAACACAGGACCAGACUGCAGAUGAAGAUCAUAAUCUUGGGGUGAAGGACAGCAGUGAAGUGGUGUCUGGGGCUGUAGUGGAGGAAUCGAACUGAGAAGAUCAUCCACCUCCACAGCUGCUCUUGCUGUGAAUGUGUCCAGAGUAAGAUAGAUAGGCAUGGGCACGGAAGAGAGGGUAGGAGGUACUUGGAGGGUUGUAACCCUUACCUGCACACUGCCAAAACACAUAGGAUUUAAUUUGGAUGUUUAAGCUGGACAGCGAUCUGUAAAGCUGUCUUAAAUAUCUUGCUCACAUUUGCCAUACUACUGGUGGUAGCUACUUUGUGCAGUUUUCAUAUACAUGCAAACUAGAUCACAGCUACGCAGCACUCUCAAAGCUGCAAUAUGUAACUUUUUGGGCGACCCGACCAAAUUCACAUAGAGUUUUAUAGACGUGAGUUUUAUAGUUGUAUAUUGUCAUUAUCAUUGGAAGCAAGUCUAAGAAGUGGUAGAUAUGUUCUAGGUCCACUAUAUGCUUCCCAUUCUUAAGUUUUGUUUUUGUGUCUUUUGCUUUCGGUUUUGUACACCAGCUUCAAACUUAUGAAAAUACAACAUUUUUGGUUAUUGAAAAGAUAUCUCAUGGCGGUUUAGAUGCUUGUUUUUUCACAAACUCAAAUGAGGCAAACUAUUCUAAUUUUAACAACCAGGAAAUGGCAGUGCAAUUUCUGCAUAUUGCACCUGAAUCAUGUUGUUUUCCUUGCUCUGUAGAAAUGCUGAUACUGUGUAAAAACAUGGAGUACUUUUUAACAACUGAGGUGUUUUUGAAAAGCAGCAUUUAAAGUUGUGUCCAGCAUAUACACUCCAAGUAAAAUUUAAGAUGCAUAAAGUGGUGAUAACUGUGGGUGUAGUAAAAAAAACUACUAUUCUGGUUGGCAGUUUUUUACGUCUGGCUUCAUAUGUGUAAGCGUAAUUUGUUUUCUUCAAUAUCUUCUACUAUAAAAAGCAACAGCAUAACAUCCAGAGAUAGUCCGAGUUGUUACAAUCCAUGACAGUGAAAAUGCUGUGUAAUCUAUUUACCGCAACUGCAUUUUUAUCAUCUGCAGUUUUUAUAAACAAUAAAAAUGUGAGUGCUUAGAUUGAAGCCUCGUGUAUUGCAUAAAUAACAGUCUUUAUGCUUGCCAAACGUUUUUUUGUUACCUUGAUUUUUGUCAGCAUGUGCCUAUAUACCUAUCCCCCUCUCUCUCACCCCCUUCAUGUAUAUCCCCUCCCAACCACACACAAUCCUGGCUUGCAAUCCCCAUGUCUGAUGGCUCACUUGAGUCUGGUUUCCUGGUAAAGGUCAGAUACAAUGUUUUCAUCUCGCUAGACAUGAGUGGCAGGGUCUCAAUCUUAUUUUUCCAUCUCUUUCCUUUUUGAAUGUGACCUUUCAGCUGACAAUUUAGUGAAGGUCCCACCUCUGGGAGAACGAGUGGGCAGGAUUGGAGAGUAAGGAGGGAGACAGAGAAAAAAAAUAUGGUGUAGAUAACUUUUUGACAUUUGAAAAAUAGAUAUAUUUUUGAGAAAUGGAAGAUCAAUACUGUGCACUAUUUAAGCCUUGCAGGCCUUAAUGCUCAAAUCAGUUUAGUUUUUCAAAUCCAUUUUGGACUACUGUCUGUCCAAACAGCAAGUACAGUGAACAAGUCAGAUUCUUGAGUUCAGACAGCAGUCAGUUGCUGAUAAGGCUAUGCUAGUUGUCAUAGUAAUUGUGGGUGUGUGUGUAGUACUUACAACUAGUUGUUUAUUGGGGUAUCUGUACUUUACUAAUUAUAUAUUUGACAGCUUUUGCUUCAUUACAUUCCUAAAGAAAAUAAUUUUUUACUCCAUACAUUUUCCCUGACACCCAAAAGUACUUGUUACAUUUUGAAAGGAAAAUGGCCCAAUUCACACACUUAUCAAGGGAACAUCCCUGGUCAUACCUACUACCUCUGAUCUGGUGGAAUCACUAAACACACCUGCUUUGUUUGUAAAUUAUGUUGGAAUGUGACCCCAGCUAUCCGUAAAUUGAAGAAACAAGAAAACUGUGUUGUCUGGUUUGCAUAAUAUAAAUAAUUUGAAAUGAUUUAUAGUUUUGCUUUUUAUACUCAAGUAUAUCUAAAACCAAAUACUUUUAGACUUCUACUCAAAUAGUAUUUUACUGGGUGACUUUCACUUUUACUUGAGUCAUUUUCUAUUAAGGUAUCUUUACUUAUACUCAAGUUUGACAAUUGGAUACUUUUUCCACAACUAUGUGCGGUGGUGUAAGCUGAUUGGUGUUGAUGUUAGUGCUUCCUACACCUCAGAAGUUAUGUAUCAAGCUAAGGUGACAACAAUGCCUGCCAUGUACAUUUCCCAGUUUAUUUUAAUGUUCAAAAUCAUAGGGUAAGAACACGUCUAGGGUUUUUGUAUAUCUAUGGUGUUUUGGUAUGUCUAGGUAAAUGUAGGUCUAUGGUGGCCUGAGUUGGUUCCCAAUCAGAGGAUGCUGUUUAUCGUUGUCUCUGAUUGGGGAUCCUAUUUAGGUUUCCAUUUUGGUUUUGUGGGUUAUUGUCUGUGUAGUUGCAUGUCAGCACUCGUGUCUUAUAGCGUCACUGUCACGCCCUGGCCAUAGUUUACUUUGUAUGUUUCUAUGUUUUGAUUGGUCAGGGUGUGAUCUGAGUGGGCAUUCUAUGUUGGAUGUCUUGUUUGUCUAUUUCUGUGUUUGGCCUGAUAUGGUUCUCAAUCAGGGGCAGGUGUUAGUCAUUGUCUCUGAUUGGGAACCAUAUUUAGGUAGCCUGGGUUUCACUGUGUGUUUGUGGGUGAUUGUUCCGGUCUCUGUGUUUUGCACCAGAUAGGGCUGUUUUCGGUUUUCGUAUGUUUGUUAUUUUGUUAGUUUAUCGUGUAUAGUUUCCUUAUUAAAUAAAAUGAAUCACAACUA